AUGGUAAAUAGUGUCAAGUCACUUCUUUGGGCGGCAAGAUUAUUUGGUGGUACUCCAUUUAAAAUAACUCGACACAAUGUGAGCAUAUCAACAGUUGGAAUAAUUCACGCAGCAAUUGCAUCAAUGACACUAUUAUUUAUCGGUCUGACACAAGUUUACUUGGAUGAUAUUGGUACUAUUGAUAAAAAAACAUUAGUAUUAGCAGUUUUAAGAACAAUAUUCACUUACAUUUGCAUUGUAGCUGAUGUUGUAUUUACAAUUAUUAAAUAUGAAGAUUUAAAAUCAGCAAUUGAUCAUAUUCAUGUUUAUGAUGUUGCUGCAAAAUUUAAUAAUAAAUACAAUAAUUUAACACUGAUACAUUGUCGAAUUGUUGGACUGAUAGCUCUUUGUUUCUGGCUACCAGUUACGUAUUUAGCUUACAAAGUUGAAAAUAAUUAUCCUCUGCUGGAAACUAUUACCUAUAUUUUAUUUUAUGGCACUAUAACAAGUCAAACUUUAUUAUUCUAUGGAUUUAUGAUGACACUGUAUCGAAGAUUCAAUCAUCUGAAGUGGAUGAUGGAAAUGAAAAUACAAACUUUAAGUGGUACAUGGGAUGGUUUAAAACUUCAAAAUGUUUGGCUGAUGCAUUCGAAUUUAUCAACAGCUGCUGAAAAAAUUAAUAAUUGUUACUCGGUUCAAUUGUUGUUGUGGAUAUUUUCAUCUUCUAUGAGUGUAUUGACCAGACUUUAUACAAUGAUGAACUUUAAAGAAAAUUUUGAGUAUAUUACACCAAGAGAUACAUUUUGUGCACUUGGAGUAUUUUUCAAUCUUAUUUUAAUAAUAUUUUCAUGCCAUAUUACAAGUCGUCGAGCAAAUAGAAUAGCUGAUAAAGUUUUUUCACCAAAUUCAACAAUUCACAGGCAGCCAAAUACAAUUGAGGGAAACAAAACAGCAAGUAUUUAUUUUUGUAUAAGAAAAAUACGUUUUAGUGCUGCAUCUGGUUUUAUUCAUAUUCAUUUACCUCUGCUUCUUUCUAUUGUUGGUGCCAUGACAACCUACUUGGUAAUUCUAAGUAAAUCAUCAUCAAAAGACGCUUAA